AAGAUCCGCUGAGGCUCGGAGGGAUCUGGUUUAAUGCUGUCAUUUUGUCAGCGAAGUCAAUGAGCGGUCUUCCUCUAAUCACUCCGUCUCUAUUUGGUAAUUUUCAGAGGGACAGCCACGAGUGAGUCUGCAAGUUGUCUAACCAGUUUUUGUAGGGGUGGCACAAAAAUCACUUCCUCUUUUCUUGGGAGUGUUAUCUGAAUUCCUUUGCUGUUAUGUCUGCUUUCCUCAGAACCCAUUUGUUGUCAGGCCAUUUAGAUGAGCCGGUUGUGUGAUUUCCAGUUGGAGUGCUUUUAUUGGAGAAGUUGGAGGAGUUGACCAUGUUUGAAGAUUACCUGUAUUUACUCCUGCUGGUACUUAGCAGCAUUGGGAAACAACUUCUAACACUGGGCAAGGAUACUAACCCGAUCUCCAAGUAUUCCACAUAUGAGAUUGUAAUUCCUCAAAGACUGACAAACAAGGAAAAACACUGGACGUAUUUUCAUGAGGAAUACCCAGACAACCAACUAUCUUACUUGAUUCAAACUGGAAAUGGCACACACAUUCUGAAACUGAAGAAAAAUGUAAACCUUAUUGGUGAACGGUUCAUAAUGCAUACCUACAGCAAAGAUGGUAAUUUGGAAAGCACCCCCUUUAAAAAUGAGGACCAUUGUUAUUAUCGUGGGGAAGUUGAAGAGGUUAAGGAUUCCUGGAUUGCUCUAAGUACUUGUGAUGGUCUUAGGGGAAUCCUCCAUGUCGGUGGUAGACGGUAUGGUAUGGAACCAGUUACUGGAUCCGAUCGAUUUGAACACUUCUUCUUUAUAUUAGAUGAUUCUCACCAGCAGCCCUUUUCAUGUGGUGUGUCAAAUGAUGGUCAAUACCAUGAUCAGAGUUUAGAGAGCUUUUUCAAAUACACAAAUGUGUCACAUAGCUCUUCUAGUGUGGAAACAUUUCUUAGGAGAAGAAGAGCUGUGCUACCAGAGAAAAGAUAUGUAGAACUGUAUAUAGUUGUUGAUCAUAACAAGUAUUUGUUGAAAAAAUCGGAUGCUGGAGCAGUACAAAAGGAUGUGGUUGAACUGACAAAUUACGUGGAUGCGAUGUUCAGCCCCUUAAACAUACAAGUUGUCCUAAUUGGGGUGGAAAUAUGGACAAGUGAAAACCCAAUAGAUGUGACUGGGCCAGCUGGAGAUGUACUGAGCAAAUUUGUAGCAUGGAGACACAAUGUUCUCACAAAAAGACCAAGAAAUGAUGUCAGCCACCUCCUCAUAGGCAGAAAAGCUUUUGGUACUGCAGUUGGAAUGGCUUUUGUUGGCACUGUCUGCAGUCCAGCUCAUGGAGGCUCAAUCAGUACUUUUGAUCACGAUACAGUGAUAAGUCAUGCUACUAUUGUUGCGCACGAACUGGGACAUAACCUGGGAAUGAAUCAUGAUGAUAAAAGUUGUCCAGGUGCCUACAUUAUGCACAGUAUAGACAAUGGGUCCAGGAACUUCAGUAGCUGCAGUGAGAAUGAUUUUGAGCAACUCAUCUUGAGAGGUGGAGGAACCUGUCUUAGAAAUGCUCCCAAACCAAGUGACAUUUUCACAGAACCUGUGUGUGGCAAUAACAUUGUGGACAGAAAUGAAGAAUGUGACUGUGGCACUCCUAAAGAGUGUUCAAACCCUUGCUGUGAUGCUGCCACUUGCAAACUGAAACCUGGAUCAGAGUGUGCAGAAGGAUUGUGCUGUGAAAAGUGUCAGUUCAAAGUAGCCGGAAUCGAGUGCAGGAAAAAAGGGAAUACCUGUGAUCUCCCCGAAUAUUGCAAUGGAACGUAUCAUGACUGCCCAGAUGAUGUGUAUAUCAUGGAUGGCUAUCCCUGUAACAAUAUGAAAGAUUAUUGCUAUAGUGGAGUUUGUCAGAAUUAUGAUUCUCAAUGUGAAUCCCUCUUUGGAAAAGGAGCCAAAAAAGGACCAAAUAUUUGUUUUGAAAUUGCAAAUAGCAAUGGAGACAGAUUUGGGAAUUGUGGGAUGUCUGAAGGAAAAUUUGUAAAAUGCACCCAAGCCAAUAGUCUCUGUGGAAAGGUUCACUGUACAUCUGUCAGUCAACAGACUCAACUUUCUCAAGUGUACAUCCAAAAUCAGGGUGGUGUUUCCUGUGUGACUACAGCCUUUGAUCUUGGUUCAGAUGUUCCUGAUCCAGCUCUAGUUAACAGAGGCACUGCCUGCUCAGAAGGAAAGGCUUGUGUUGAUUCCAAAUGUGUGAAUGCAAGCCUGCUUGGUUACGAUUGUGAUGUAAAGAAAAAAUGUCAUGACCAUGCAGUAUGUAACAAUAAAGGCAAUUGCCACUGUAAUCCUGGAUGGGCGCCUCCUUUCUGUGACAGAUCUGGUUAUGGUGGCAGCAUAGACAGUGGCCCAACACAUAUAGAUACAUCACUUCGAGAUGGCCUCCUCAUUUUUUUCCUACUUGUGCUACCUUUGCUAAGUCUACUUGUGGCUGGAUUUAUUAAAAGGGAUGCAAUCAAGAGACGGCUUUGCAGAGAACGUCGAAGACGUCAGAGAGCAAAGGAGGCAGCACAAGCAAGACAGAAUCAAACUCAAAAUGAACCCAGGGAGCCUAAUGCAGCAAAUCCAAGGCGGCCUGCAACAUCCAAUUCUGGAGUCUUUACAAUAUCCCACUUUCCUGUACCAAGGCCACCACUUCGAGGUCAGCCAGGACCUCCCCCACAAAGGCCUCCUUUGCGACCCCCAGUCCCACCCAGACCUGUUUUCACCAAUGCUUCCUGAGGAAAUAUCAGUGACUUAGAUUGACACCUCAAGUGUACUAGGAAAGAUGUGCCAAUGCUAAAUCUGUGAAAUGUUUCCAAAAGUAUUAUUUUUAUUAACCUGCAUGUAAAGACCUCGUUUUGAUAG